UGAAGUUGUGCUGUUGCCGUGGAAACCGUCAACAGAGAGGGGCCAGAGAGAUGGGGGAGAGGUUCACAGCUCAGAUAACUUCAUGAUCUUCUCUCUGUGUCAACUGUUCAUUUAUUACUGGAACAAAACCAGUACUGAGUCUGUCCAGGCUCUGGAAGAGUAGAGCAGCCAUGCCGAAGAAAGUGGGGAAGAAAGGAGCUGGGGGGAAACAGGCCGCCAUGACUGAGGAGGAGAGGUUGGUGUACCUGCAGCAGAAAGCACAGGCUGAGGAAGACAACGCCAGGAGAAAAGAAGACAUGCUGACUCAGUUCCUCAAGGAUAAGCUGCAGAAAGAAGAGCGAAACAGUGCUAUAAACCUACACAAACUGAGACAGCAGUGGCGCACUGUCCUUCGCCAGACUCGAUCAGUAGAGCUGCGAAACGACAUUUCAGUCCUCAGCCAGACCUUUGAGAGAGUGCUUGAUUGCAAGGAGAGUGUCAUUAGGUCACUGGUGUCAGAUCUGAGUGAAGCAGAGCAGCAGUCAGCACUGGCUUGCCGGGCGCAUCUUCAAUGUUUGGAUCGUCUGUUGGAGCUACAGAAAGAGCAAGUGGCUGCACUGGCUUUACAAUGGAACAAAAGCCUUGAAGAACUUAGAUCUGAGUUCGAUACUGAGAGGGAGCAGAUUGUGAUGCAGAAUCAACAGGAAAAUGCCUGUCUGAAGAAUGUCACAUUUGCACUGGAUCAGCAAUAUGCAGAAACAAACAACGAGGCUGCACAGGAAUAUUACAGCACCCGUGAUGAGAUAAAAAAUCAGCACAAUGAGGAGAAGCAUGCGAUUCAACUUCAACUGGGAGGAACAAUAAAGGAGUUAUUGCGGCAGUAUCAGCAAGAGCAGCAGAGCUACAAGGAAGCACUUAAGGUCCAAAAAAGUUUACAGACUAGUACAAAGGAGAUGGACCAACAAAUGAGACAUUUGCAGGAAACACAGGACUCCAUCAAUACACUGCGUCUUCAGCUGACCUCCAGUCAGAAGGAGAGUGAGGCGUCUGCACGUGACCUUCGUGCAGCUCGUGAGGAGGUCACCUGUAAGACCCGACAGCUCCGAGCUAAGAUCAGUGUGGCUCGGGCAGCUGAGAGAAGAAAACUAGCCAAUCUCACAGUGCACAGCAACAACACCACUAAGAAGCUGCAGGACAUCGUGGGAAAGGGGGAGAAACUGCUGCGUCUGGCCGAAAUGUGUCGCAAGCUUGAGACAGAGCAAGAGAAGGUUCUUCCUUUUUACAUUUCAUCAUUAAGUGCUGAGGAGUUGAGUCAGGAGAGAGCACAAGCAAUGGAACCACCAUCAGAAGAACUGGCACAGGCAAUGCUGGACAACACUGCACUGGAAAAAUUCUGGCAGCGUUACAACAAGGUUCUACUGGAACACCUGUGCCUGAAGCGGGAGAAGGCAGUUCUAGGUCGGCAGAAUCAGCAGUUGAGGGCUCUUCUCAAGCAGUACAUGGAUGGAAUCUCGGUCAGCGAUGAGAUCCUACACCAGCAGAACCCACUGCUCAUGGUGUCCCGUCCAUCACCACAAUCCAGUUUCAAUUCGGAGGCACAAACACACAAGCGCUACACAGUCAUAGAAGCAGCACAUGUAGUGCAACACCAACUGUAGUGAAUAUGCAGACACCUAGAAACAAAUCUAACAGAUUUAUUAGAAAGAAA